GAAGAUCUACUACUAUUAAAUAAUAAUAAAUAUCGUUUUAUUAGGAAACGUAAAGACAAACGGUUGAAAUGGAAGUGUUCAAAUAAUAAAUGUACUGCAAGUAUUCUAACAGACUCAGAAAAAAAAUUAUUGAUUCAAAAACUCGGUAAGCAUUAUCAUUCCGAUAUCCCUAUCUCUACUAUAGAACGUCAAGUUGUACGUGAAAACUGCAAGCGAAAAGCCGUAGAUUGCGUUUCAGCAAAGCCGAGUAAAAUAAUACACACUGAACUUUCAACAGACAAUUAUUCAACUCUAUCUCAUAAAGACCAUAAUAAUUUUAGGAAAACCAUGUACACCGAACGAAGAAAAUGUUAUCCACCAUUUCCUAAGUCACUCAAUGAAGCAUUUACUCAGCUUAAGGAAAAUCAAAAUGAAAACACUUUUAUGUAUAAAGGCCAACAAUUUAUUCACAUACCUGACAAUCAACUGUUUAUAUGUUUAACUACAAUACAAAAUAUGGAAUUUAUGACGACUUGUACUGACUUUUUUGGCGACGGUAUAUUUGAAUAUGCACCGAAAUAUUUUGUUCAGCUUUACACAAUUCAUUGUUUUAAAAAUGGCCAUUAUAUUCCUGUAGUAUACUUUUUUUUAAAUGACAAAUUAAAAGAAACGUACAGUAACAUGUGGAAGUUUAUUGUUGAUUUAUGUUUUAAAAUGACAAACCGAGUGUUAAACAUUACUAAUUUGCACUUGGAUUUUGAAGUUGGAGCCCAUGAAGCAGCGGUAGAAAUCUUCCCUCAAGUUAAUAUUAUUGGUUGCAGAUACCAUCUAGGACAAGCAUGGUGGCGAAAGAUAAAUAGUGAAAGUAAACUUCGAAAUGCAUAUAAAAAUGUUGAUGAUGACUUAGGAAAUUGGCUAAAGAUGUUUUUUGGUCUUCAAUUUAUAAACCAUGACGAAGUUGAGGAUGCAUUCGUGGAGUUAAUCGCUGUUUGCCCAAAUGAAGAAAUUGGUCACAUUUUUUCAGAUUAUAUUUUAGAUAAUUACAUAGAGCCUGGCUGUCCGUUCAAUACGAAAUUGUGGGCAAUGAAACCUUCGGAAAAUCGCAGGACUAUUAAUGCCGCUGAAAGCUUUCAUAGAACAUUUAACGACCAAUUUUACAGUUCUCAUCCAGCAAUAUAUAUUGUUAUUCAAACACUAAUUGAAACACAAUCAGAAACUUCAUUAACAAUAACAACGAUAGAACGGUCAAAUAAAAGUUCAAGUAAUUUAUUAAAAUAUUUAGAGUAUGUUGGAUUACGCUAUCUUGCUAUAAAUAAUUUAUAG